CGUGAACAGCUAAUGGCAGCUCAUUAAAAUUUAAAACAAAGUAUUUCAAGCAGUUGUGAGAGACAGUUGACAAAAUGUCAGCGAGCAACAACCAAGCUGACUCCAGAAAUAAAACCUACCCCGAGGAUUCUAAAUGGGGUAUCCGUAAAAAGGUUUGGGAUCAUAUAAACAAUGAAAAACUGGCCAACUUUCCACUACCAGUUUACCAUCGUAUCCCAAACGUCAAGACCUCAGCUGAAGCCAGUGACAAAGCAGCAGAGCUUGAUGUCUUUAAAAAAGCCCAGGUGGUCAAAAUAAACACUGAUAAACCUCAAGAACAAGCUCGUCUACACGCCCUACAGACUGGAAAGACUGUUCUAGUACCUACACCUGGUAAAAAGACUGGAUUGUUAAGUAAAAUAGUUCCACCAGCUGAUUCCAAACCAGAAGAAUUGAAAGCCUGCUCACAGGCACUUGGUAUGGGAGAACAUAGUCAGACUCUAGAACUAGAUGAGGUUAUCAAGAUUGAUCUGAUUAUUAUUGGGUCUUGCUGCGUAUCCAAGGAAGGUAACCGUCUUGGAAAGGGAGAGGGUUAUGGUGAUUUAGAGUACGCCAUGAUGAUGAAUGCAGGCUACAUCACCAAAGAUACACCAGUCGUCACCAUUGUAGAUGAUGUCCAAAUCCAGGAAAUACCAGAAAAAAUACUGGAAAAACAUGACGUAUCGGUAGACUACAUUGUCACACCAACCCAGAUCAUAGAGACAAAGUGUCCUAGACCUAAGCCAGCUGGUAUUGAUUGGUCCCUUCUAACUGAGAGAUACCUGGAACGCAUCCCAGUGUUAAAAAUUCUCCAAGAGAAAGACCAGAAGGCCGGUCGUGACACUAAACUAGGAGAGUUUGAACCCGAACCAAGACCUAAAUUUACGCCACCACGUCGCAGUAGACGUCCCUAUGGUAACAGACGUAUGCGAGGCCGCCGCAACACAGACCGUAGUAGCAAUCACUCUAGAGAGGGACGUGACGGAGAGAGACGUGAUUCCGACAGACGGGAGAGAGGUGACUCUGACAGCAAGGAUAAGUCCGAGAAGGAGAACAACCCUCGUCAACAACGUCCUCGUCCCAGGCGGAGACAGAACCAAAGUAACAUGUCCGUGUAUGUUGGUGGUCUGCCACGAUCACUGAGGGUCAGCGAAUUCAAGAAGGAUAUCCACGAUCGCGAUGUUCAACCCCUUCGUGUUGUCUGGCAUGGCUCCAACGGACAUGCUUUCCUCCAGUUCCAAAAACAGGAUGAAGCCGAGAGUGCUCUGGAAGCUCUUCAGAACCUCAGUAUCAAAGGUCGUGACCUCAAAGUCGAGAAGGCUAAAGGUGGACGCAGAAACUCAGAGAAAGUUUCUGAGAGUCAGGAUCAAGAUCGCGAACCAGAAGAUAAAUAAAUACACGUUUUGACUGCUGGUCUCCAUAUUAGGAUUUCAAUAUUAAAAAAAAAAUCUUUUGAAUUAAAUUGUUCCUUUACAUUUGAAAAAUUAAAGACCCAAUCAAUGUCAAAGAAUUAGAAGAUAUUAAAAACUUUGCUGUAAUUUGUCAGAUCUAAAACAAUAAUAUUUAUGCUAAAAGAAAUUAAAAACAUUUUUUUUAAUUUGGCCAUAUAUCGGUGAUUUUAAAUUUGGCGGCAUAUCAAUAUGAUCAAAGAAUUGUUAUAAGAAGUUUACAAGACAUUUCCAUGGCGACCAGCAGAGCAGACGUACAACAGGCUUUUUACUGGGUUUACGGUAGAGUAGGUUAAUUAAACAUCUCGUAUAUCUAUAUAUAACUUAAGACUUGACGAUCUAAUAUUAAUAAAGACUGGACAAUCUAAUAACAUUUACUACAAUAUUCAAGUUAGUUCCAGAAAAAUAAAGGCAACAAAUUUUAAAAGAAAACAACAAAAAAUCAUCAAAAGUUAUAAGAAUUAUCACUCCAACAACUUUUUUCUGUAGUUAACCAUUACUGAAAGAGACUUAAUUCACAGAAUUUGUUUUCAAAAGGGACUGAACUCUCAGUAUUUGUCAUCAGAUUAACCAGUCUUUAAUUCUUCUAUUUUAUUACUAAUAACAAAAACAAAACGUACUGUUCAUUUAAUCUGUAUUCACGUUGUGCCUUCAGUGUUCAAAUUAAAUAUUAUUAAAGAAUACAUUUUUAUUGACACACUCUACUUCAGAGCAAUGUUUCAGCUUUAUGGAGAGAAAUAGAUGACAAAAUUCAAACAUCGUAUAAAUUUUAGAGACUUGGUUGACCGUUCAUUUGUGCUAUGACUGAUCUGGCAAAUGUUUCUGGUCAUACAGCUGACAUGAUAUCAGGUGUUUCCGUUACAAAACUGGAAGAAAUGAAUAUUUGAUUGGAUGCUGCUCUCCAUACAGCCACUAGUACAUCUGGUGUGUCCAUAGAAAUGUCUACAAUAUACGAAAUAUUUAAAUUGUUAACAGAUUAUAAAAUAUCUUUUCAUUCAAAAGUUUAUUUUAAAUUGUUGUUUAAUUGUUCUAAUAGUUGAUAUACAAAAUGGCAGGAAAAUACAAUAACACUAUUUAAAAAAAAAAAUGGCCUUGAGAUUGAAAUCCUAUACUAGUCAGUAGAAUACAUAUAUUGACUGGGAUAGGAUUUGGUUCACAUGCAGACGUUAAAAUUUGUGGUGUUAUUUAUUAUAUCUAGUCCACUAGAUUUUUAUGUACUAUUCUAACUUCAAUAAUCUUAACUGCUUCUCUUAUUGGCUGCAUCUACAAUUCGAUUUUCUAUCUAAAAUAUUUUUGACUUGUUCUUAUUUUAGAUAGUAAUCAUUGUAAUGGAAAUUUGGCAAAAAUCAGCGUUUUAGCUCUCAAAUAUUUUGUUACUUAAGAUUUUUUUUUUUAUAGACAAAUUAUCAAAUCAUCGAAUAAUAUUUUCUGGUGGGAAAAUUUUUCAAUAUUUUUACAAUUUGUUCUUGUAACCUUUUUAACUUGCAUUUAUUUUGUCAAGAAAUUAAAAAGGUUUUUUUUUCUUCAAAUAUUUGUUCCAUACCAAAAUAGUUCUUGCUCGACUUUCAUUUAGUUUUAAUUAAUUAUGAUGGAAUAUCAGGAAUUGGUUGGGGUUUUUUAUUUAUUAAUUUAUUUUAAUUUUUUAUAAAAAAAACAAUAAUAAAUAAUUAUAAGGCUUUUUUUUCCCGUGUAAACUUUUGUUUUAGGAUUAAAACUGUAUUAAAGUGUUCAUUUCAGCAAUUGUACUUAUAUCGUUUGUGUUCUCUCCAAAAAUAUAAUAGUGAUAAUAUUUCUCUAUAACUUUUGAUUUGUCUUACCCUUAUAUUUGAAUGUAGUUUAAUAACAAAUUUGUGUGAACAAAUUGUUAUAAAGAAAUUAUUUUAAUAAUUCAUUUUUUUAUUAAAAAUUUAGUAAAUACUCAAAAUAAGAUUAGAAUUAAAUGAAAAUUUUAAUGAUGCUAUGUAAAAUUAUGAGAUCAGUAAUUUCAGAAAAUGUGAUUUUUUUUUUUAAUUUUUUUUUUUUUAAGAAAUGAAAUUAAGUAAAUUUGUCUUUUUGUUUUGUUAUUUUGCAUAAUUUAAUUGUGUACCAAGCGACAUAUCUUGUUUUGUUAUCUUAUUUGGGUUUUAUUCAAAGAGUAUAAAAAUACAGUUGCAAUUUUUUUUCAAUAAUAUUUUAAAAACCAAAGAGAAAUUUCUAUGGCAUUUGAAACUUAGUUGCUGUGACAUCUACAGUUAAUUCAAGAAAUCACAGGUCUACAGAGGCCUGAUUCAAAUAACCUUAAACACUACACACCAUUGAUUAAAACCCAAAAAGAUAAUAAAUUAAAUUAUUUAUGUUUUAUUUCUUCUUCUCUUUUAUUAUUUUUGUCAAGUUGGGUUAGUGCUAGUUAUUUUUUCACUUUCUCUUUUAAAGACUCUUUUGUUGUAAACCAAAUCGCAUUUCGCCAAUUACCUGUUUUGGGUGGCUGAAUGAUUUCUAGAAAAAAACAACUGUUUGUGUUGAUAAACCUGAACCUUGAAGCAUUUCAAGUUGUUGGAAUUUUUUUUAUCACAAAUUGAGCGUAAAGCGAUUUUUUAUUUUACAACAGAUGAAUCUUUGUAAAUGAUAUGAUUCCUUUGUUUAAUGUAUUAUUUGUAAUGUUUUAGGUUAUAAUGUUUAAUCUAGUUGAAAUUAUAAACUAGCUAUACAACAAUAUUAAUUAGUGAAAACAAAAUGAAAUAGUUUUAAAAUUAUAAAAAAAGCCUGUGUAAAAAGCUGUUUCAUUAAAUACAUACUCAAUAUGCAGUAUGAUAUACCAAAAAAAUGA